CACCACUUCGUCGAUGUCAAAACGCCAACACGGGGUUUAAAAAUCAUCUCCCAUUGGACUGUCAGAGAGUGAGAUCUCACAGCCGGACGUUUUAGCGCAGAGCCACGUCAGCCAAAAGCUGAAGCACCAAACGGGCUCUCUUCUCGCCACGUGUCAAUCCUCCAAAGGUGGGCCCCACCGACCGAACCCUUUAAAUCCCUCUCUCUCCCCUCCUCAUAGCCCUAAAAGCGCCAAAAAAUAAAACCCCCUUCUCUCUCUCUCUCUCUGUGUUUUUUUCUCUCUCUAAAAUGUUUUGUUUCUCUCUCUAAACACUCACUCGCUCAUCACUCUUGUAUGUCAUCACUCCUUUGAAGUGUUCUCUCUCUUUUUUUUUUUUCCUUCUUUUUUUCGCCGAUCAAAAAUCAAUACACGCAUCUCAAUUUUUCGUAGCCGCUGGUAAUGAAACUGUGAAACAAAACCCCCAUUAAUUAUGCCCGAACACGACCGUAUCGAUUUUUGUUUAUCUGUGUAGAAAAUUGAAAAUACUCGGGAUAAGAAGAAAAGAGCAAAUAAAUGGGAUGUGGCAAUCCACCUGCCUUGACUGAUGUGGAGGAAGGGCAAGAAAGACAUUCUCUCACUACCAAACCGAGUGGAGCUGAUGACAGUGGGCGGAGUCACGAUUCCAAUACUGGAGCAGAUAUGUCUUUUCCGUUUUCGCUGAAUUAUCCUCAUUUUCCCGUGAGCAAUAAUGAAAACAAUAUAUUGCGUGGUUAUACGAAUUCCAAUUGCUCGACAAAUUCCGAGACUAAUCCAAAUUCGAUCAAUGUCGAAAACGACAAGUCACCUUCCUUUGCGACUGCAACAGGUUAUCCAAUAAAGGCACAUGGAGCUGAAGCUAGAAAUAGUGGAAUUAGUAUGCCACAGAUGAGUGGAAAUUUUUCUGCAUUGCCUCUUGUGGAUAAUUUUGGUGGUGCGGGAAAUAAAAACAAUACCAACGUUGCCCCUCCUCCGUUUAGAUUUCCGCAAAAAGUUGAUGGGAGUUUUCUUACUCUUGGAAUCGGAGGCAGUACAGAGGUCAGGUCCAAUAGUAAGUUCAGCACUCGAGAAAUUGCUAGUAAAUUGGAGGAUGCAGACAACAGUUCUCUUAUUGGACGAAAUCUCGAUAACCCUUUAAGUAUUACUCAAUUGACGGGUAGCGAAGCGAGGGUUCAAACUAGUGGUGGUGGAUUAUUAAAUAAUCUGAGUGGUGAAGGCACCACUUCCAGGCUAAGUUCAGUGGCAGUGCCUCGUUUGCAGAAUAUGCAGUCUAAUACAGUAUCUAAUUUUACGGCGAGACGCGAUGCUUCUUCUGUAAUUGGUUCUUCAGCUCCAUCAUCAUUGCCUUAUCGAAGCAAUUUAAUAUCUCGGCCUCAAUAUGCCAACCUGCCAGCAUGGUUAGUGCCAGAAACGAGGAAUUCCGCGCAUUUUGCAGGCCAGCCUGUAACAGGGAUACAGGACCACCUUAGACAAAGACCGAUUAACGUGCCGUCGGAAUCUUCCAGAAAUUACCUUUCUGACAUGCAGAGAGGAAGCUCCAUCAACCACACACAACUAGGAAACUUAGUUACACAUGGAGAUGGUAGAAGAGUUCAGAGUAGCCCUGUUUUUCGUGUCCCAGUGAAUGCGCAACCAGCGGGAAAUCUACCUUCGCGAGCAGAAAGUACCUCAACGGGAUAUGCUAACUAUGGUUCUUCCCCAUCAACCGUUCAACCAAUGGGGAAUUCACUUGCUUCUCGUAAUUUCGGAUCUGUUGAUGCCCUUCGGAAUAGUUUAUAUCCUCAGAUUUCAAACAGCAACGGUUUUCAAUCUGCUGCUCCUGCUGCUCCAUUCCCUAGGAGGCUGGGAGUUCAGCCUAAUGAUAUUGCUAAUGCCAUAACCACCAUCAGAGGUCCUCCUCCUCCAAUCAAUUUGGCUCCUUCUCCAAUGCGGAUGGCUCCUCCAGUUAAUCCCUUUAGACCCGUCGCACUCUUAGGUCAAUAUCAAAAUGCUAUGCCCCCUCAUUUGUCGAGGAAUUUUCCCAGAGUUGAUUAUUCUCAAGGUCAUGUAAUUCCAGGUGCAAACCUAGCUAUAAGGCCACCUCAGCCUUCUCCUCCUAUUAACGUUCCUCGUCCAUCUUUGAAAAGACAACAAACCGAAAAUUAUCUGGCCCCACAACAUAUAAGUCAACGCAGGAAAAUCCUUCCUCAACCCGUUCCGCACCCUUCUCCUUUGCUCCUCCAAAGGCCGCUACCCGGCGCUCCAGCUACUCUAGCUCCUAUUCCACCUAGAUAUUAUACUCCACCGGCCCUUUCUCAUAUAAAAUGUUGUGAAGCGACACCUGAGCCAAUCGGAGAGAAGUGUCUGUUAUGCAAGAGGGAUCUUUCUUUCACAGCGGAAGGUCCCGUUUUUCAGCCGACUAUUCCACCAGGUGCUGCUGUUUUACCGUGCGGCCAUACAUUUCACGACCAUUGCUUGCAAAAGAUUACUCCCAAAGACCAGUCAAAGUGUCCUCCUUGCAUUCCUUGUGCCAUCGGUGAAACAUAAUUUCCGUCGUUUUUUUUCUUUCUGGCUUAACAAAUUACAUAUUGCUCAUAUCUUUUGAGAAUACAUAUUUUUGGCCGCUCGAGGGUAAUUAAGAAAAAAAUCGAAACUUUUUUGGGUUUUUGGUGGAGCUAUAGUAUAGUUCAAGGAACUGCACAUAGAUAGGGGUUCCCUAGUACCGUAACGGUGGUUAGUGUUCUUAUUUUGUCUAGAAUUAAUUUCUUAAAGCCCUACUCAUGAGAGCUUAAAUAGAGGUUUUUUUUCGUUUUUGUAGUUGCUCCAAACUGUAUUACCUUUCAUAAUCGGCAAUGAUAUUUUCGACUUC